AUGAAUUAUAUUAAUAAAAAUGAAACGUUCUAUGAGAAUUUCGAGACAUCGUCAGAUCGUGAACAAAUAAAUAAUUGUCGUCGAAAAAAAUAUUACGAUGAUACUAGAACAGAGGAAGAAUACAUAGUAGUCAGUCAUGCUUUAGAUCCGAUUACAAUGCAGAAAUCACGUUUGCAGAAUCCUUAUGUUAUUAAAGUUCGCCAGGAGUCGGUAUUACAAUUGUACGGCUUGAAAUUUGAAAAGGUUGUCAAUGCCGAAGCAAAGGAGCAGAUUAUUAACAAUCAACAUGUUAAUUAUACGGGAUGUAACGAUGGUAUAGAAAAUCCUACAUGUGGUCUUAUAUAUGAAAAUGGAAAUCUUGUUCCUUUUAGUCAGGGAUUCUGUUGUUCGUGCCAUUCCAAAGCGAAUGGAUCGCGUCAGACGAGAAAAGAAUUGAACGAAUCAGUUGGAAAUUUUUCUUCGAAGAUAGAGACGAAAGACAAAAGGAGUGUAAACAGAUCGAGCAACAGGUCGACGACGUUUCGUAAUGCAUACGAACAAUCCUUCAAUGAUUCCAAAUUAUCAGCUGUUGCACGUACCGAUAGAACGGAAAGAAUGAAGGAAGGUCAUUUGAUAUACAGCAGUAGACGAUUGAAACAGAAUAAUGUCGAUCUGAUUAAAAAUGAGAAUAUCGAGGACACGACAUCGGCAUUAAUAAGAACUAUUUUAUUUUCUCCAAAAAUGCAAAGCAAAGGAAAAAUCGAGCCGUAUAUCGAUAGUAUUAAAGAUCAAGCGAUAAGAGAAUCAAGGAAUUUAAAUGAGAGUUAUAAUAGAGCGUCAAUUAAUUCGAAAAAUAUCGUCGACGAAUCUCGUAUUAUAGUCUCGGAUGGUUUAAAUUCGAAAAAUUACGAGGAUCGUAUCGACGACAUCGGCAAAAGCAAACGUAAAAAUUUAAUAGACGAACUGACCGAAUUGGAAAAGGCAUACGAUGCUCUUAAGAAAAUGAGAAAAGAUAAAAGGACGAAUCGUAGUACGAGAAAUGUAGAAUUGACACGAUAUAUAUAUAAAAAUUCGAAAAGAAAUGAAUUCGUUGACAAUAACAUCGAAAUGAAAACGAAUGGAUUCUCAAUGCAUUCGACUAUAGAAAAUCCUAUCCUCUUGACAACGGACGAGGAUAUAUCGAUUAAUCCGAAUAAAAAUAUUAACGUGAUAAAUUAUAACUUUGACGAUAAUCCAACGAUCGUUAAUAAACAAUAUAAUAGUUCUAACAACGAAGGAAGUAUAAAGGAUAAUGAUAAAUUAUUUAUAUUUGCACAAAAACAUAGUAAUAUUACGAUAUUGAUCGAUAGAUAUAAAAGAUCAUCAAAGCGUUUUGAUAGAUCUAAGAAAAUUUAUCGAAAUAAAUUGAAAGAUAAACGAAUAGUAAAGUUUUCAAAUACUAAUGUUGAGAAGUUCAAAGACAAUAGACUUCCCUUAAACAAAGUAAUACCUUCAAAUAAAUCCUCUUUCUCGUUGAAUCCGGUAAAUGGAGUGGAGAAGUCCACGGAGAGAGCUCAAGAAUCCAGAUAUCGUACAAACGUUCAACCGAGUGCCUGGAAAGCGAGGCAAAUCUCUGAUCUGAUUAUAAGUCGUUCUCGUUUAAAUAGUACGACCGUUGGUAAUCCAAGAAGAAAUGUUGUCCCUUAUCUCGAUCUAGACGAUGCUAAGAUCGCCUUAAAGAAGAUAAAUUCGUCAGGUGGUAAAAACUUGGCGUUAAUUUAUCAAACGGCCGAUAAAAACAACAAAGACGAUUACGACGAUAUCGAUGAUAAAUAUUUGCACGAUCAUGGACGAUCUAUAAGACGAUUAUUAUCGAUCGAUCGUUCGAACAAUAAUUUACGUGGCAUGAAACAUUCCUUAGAAUAUGACGAACCACAAAGUUUUGAAUACGAAGAUUAUAAUUAUCAACAAACCACUCUAGGGAGGGAGAAGGAGGAUCGUGAUGAUCGUUUAAAUGAAAUGAUCGAUCUAAAUACUGUUACCUCGUUGAAACAAAGAAUUUCUAUGAACGAUGAAUUAUACGAGAGUUCCAAUGAUCAUAAAAGCAUUAUGAAUGCUGACAAAUAUAUCAAACAUAUGGCCAGGGUGAUAGCGAAUCGUAGCAAUUCACAUUCUAAAUUGAAUAGAAAUAAAAUUUACAAUGACGAGUUAAAGGUUGUUAAGAAAAAUGUCAUUGAUCUUCCGAUUUAUUCGAAACGCGAUUAUUAUCUCAAUUAUAAUCCUGAAAGAUCAAACGACGUUAGAAAAAUACGAAAGAAUUUUGAUUUUAAUUCGGAAAAUUCCAACGACGAAUUAACCUUAAAUCAAAAUCAAAAGUACGAAGAUCAGAUAUCCUCGUUCGACAAUAAUAAUCGAAUAUAUCAAACAGAAAAUAAUUUGAGAUACAACGAUCAAUCUCGUUCGAAACAAUCAAGAUCGUCUUUCGAAACUUUGGAAAAUGAUUCGAUCGAUCCGAAACAAAUAGGAUACGAUGUUAAUGAUCAAAAAAAUGAAGACAUUGAUAUUUCUGUUAAUGGUAAUAUUCACGUUGAAGGUGGUAUUAAUGGACGUCCAAUAUCAAUUGCUUUCGUUGCUGUACCUGACGUCGAAUCGGACGUAGAUAUGAUAAACAAUGAUAGUUAUUUCAAUGAGCAAAAUUCUAAUUUGAAUGAGAUCAAUGAUCGAAAAGAUUCACCAUUCAAUAUCGAAUCUAACGUUAGUAAUGACAAUAAAACAACAUCUAAUAUCGAUUUGACAACCUCAAUAAUAUUCACAGUAAUGGUUGAUACUACUACGCCUGAAUCGAUUGAAAAAUCGCAAGAUCAAAAGGAAUAUUCGAUCGAGACUACGAAAAUUUCGAAGAUCACUGAAUAUUACUAA